CCACCUGCUUCCCUCUCUCCUAACCAGCAGACGAGGUGCGGAAUAUCUGUGCAUCGUUCUCUGCGCAGAGCCCAAGGUAUAAACCGACGUAGGCGGUGCACUAGAUAACAUCAAAGCCCCAGGCAGGGGCCAGGAGGGGAGGGGGGAGGCAAAGGCAACCCAGGGAAUGAAGCGCCUCCCCCUAGCAUUUCCUCUCACGCCCACUUCCAACCUAGGAGGCUUUUGGUUUCUGCUUUUGUUGUUUUUAAAAUUAAAAGUUAGACCCGGGAAGCUUUGGAUCAGACUUUUGCGUUGCAGUUCGGUACAUGGAUUAAUUGAUGGAUGUUGAGUUUAUGGAGCAACCUUUUUGUGACCUGCUCUUCCUACAGUUUCUAAGACGAAAAAGGAGCCCCUGAAUCAAAGAAGAUGCCUCGAACUAAACAGAUUCAUCCCAGAAAUCUAAGAGACAAAAUUGAAGAAGCACAAAAAGAACUUAAUGGGGCAGAAGUUUCCAAAAAAGAAAUAUUAGAGGCUGGCAUUAAAGGAACUUCAGAAUCUCUUAAAGGUGUGAAACGAAAAAAGAUUGUAGCUGAGAAUCAUCUGAAAAAAAUACCAAAAUCCCCAUUGAGAAAUCCUCUUCAGGCAAAACAUAAACAAAAUACAGAAGAGGCAUCUUUUGCUGUUCUUCAGAGUGCUUCAGAAUCUCACAAGAAACAGAAUUAUAUUCCUGUAAAAAAUGGGAAGCAGUUUACCAAACACAAUGGAGAGACACCUGGAAUAAUUGCUGAAGCCUCAAAAUCCGAAGAAUCUGUCUCCCCAAAGAAGCCCUUGUUUCCGCAGCAUCCAUCUGAACUGCGUAGAUGGAGAUCAGAAGGCGCUGACCCCGCCAAAUUCAGUGUCCUUGAUGGAAAAUGUGACUCAAGCUCAUUGUCAAGUAAAACCAGGACUGACAACAGUGAAUGUAUCUCUUCUCAUUGUAGUACUUCAUCCCCCUCCUACACAAAUACCGCAUUUGAUGUCUUACUGAAAGCAAUGGAGCCAGAACUGAGCACUUUGUCACAAAGGGGCUCAUCUUGUGCAAUUAAGACAGAAAAACUGAGACCAAAUAAAACUGUACGAUCCCCUUCCAAAUUAAAAAACAGUUUGAUGGAUGCCCCAAAUGAGACUUCACAGGAAUUCGUUGUGGAAUCACAGUCUUCUCCUUGUACCUCAUACACAGUGCAUGUGUCUACUACUCAGAAAAGUGAGCAAGGGGCAGUGCAGUCCGUUCCUCAUUCGUAUAAUCAACAUGAACACUUGGUUUCCAAAUCCAGCCAACAAAAUCAGUUUCCAGGGUGUUCGGCUUUCACGGGAUCACUAACAAAUCUCCAAAAUCAAGAGAGCAUCAAACUUGAACAGGUUUAUAAUAUAGCAGUGACAUCAUCUGUAGGUUUGACUUCACUUUCCAAUAGAACUCAGGUUACUAUUCAAAACCAGCAAAUGGAUUCUGUCUUGCCUUUGUCAAUAAGUUCAGCCAAUUCUACACAGUCGCCCCCCACACCAAUCUAUAAUUCAACUCAUGUUGCCUCUGUUGUUAAUCAAAGCGUAGAGCAAAUGUGCAAUCUUCUUCUGAAAGAUCAGAAGCCAAAAAAACAAGGAAAAUAUAUUUGUGAGUAUUGCAAUAGAGCAUGUGCAAAGCCUAGUGUGCUUUUAAAGCAUAUCCGCUCCCACACUGGAGAGCGACCCUACCCCUGUGUGACUUGCGGAUUUUCAUUUAAGACUAAAAGUAAUCUGUAUAAGCACAAAAAAUCCCACGCACAUACUAUCAAACUGGGUCUGGUCUUGCAGCCUGAUGCUGGAGGCUUGUUCUUGUCCCAUGAGUCCCCCAAAGCACUUAGUGUUCAUUCAGAUGUAGAAGAUAGUGGGGAGAGUGAGGAGGAGGGUGCCGCUGAUGAGAGACAGCAUGACCCAGGCGCCAUGGAGCUGCAGCCUGUGCACAUAAUGAAGAGGAUAUCAAAUGCUGAAGUUCCAAAAUCAAGUACCACUCCAGGCUAUCCAGACCAUAUGGCAGGUGACUUUUCACUACAGGACAAAUCAUCAGAAUCACAAGCUAUGACAGAGUUACCAAAAGUUGUGGUCCACCCUGUCAGUGUGUCCCCCUUAAGAACUGACAGUCCAAAAGCUAUAGAUCCCAAGCCAGAGCUUUCUAGUUCACAAAAACAGAAAGACCUUCAGGUGACAAAUGUACUGUCACUUUCAGCCAAUCUGUCCCCCAUAGAGACAGAUGAGAAGUCCUCCAAGAAAGGGGACAUGAGUCUGCUGGAAGAAAAGCAAGACUCCCAUGUAGGAACAGUACACGCCCAACUGCAAAGGCAACAGGCUACUGAUUACUCCCAAGAGCAACAAGGAAAACUCCUUCUGAGUCCUCGAAGUUUAGGAAGUACAGAUUCUGGUUACUUUUCACGUUCUGAAAGUGCUGAUCAAACAGUGAGUCCACCAACUCCUUUCGCCAGAAUGUUACCCACCACAGAACAAGACUCAGCAAAGAAUAAUGGACAGUCUGUAUCUCGUAUCAAUACAUCAGCACCCUCUGCUUUACCGACGGGGGAAAAGACAUUGCUUUUACCAGGGCAGAUGCGCCCACCCUUGGCAACAAAAACACUUGAGGAACGGAUAUCAAAGCUUAUCUCAGACAAUGAAGCCUUGGUAGAUGACAAGCAACUGGAUAGUGUAAAACCUCGGAGAACCUCUCUCUCCAGACGAGGAAGUAUUGAUUCCCCCAAAUCCUACAUAUUUAAAGAUUCUUUCCAGUUUGAUUUAAAACCAGUGGGACGGAGAACAAGUUCAAGCUCUGAUAUACCAAAGUCCCCUUUCACCCCUACUGAGAAAUCAAAACAAGUGUUUCUCCUGUCCGUACCUUCCCUUGACUGUUUACCUAUUACAAGAAGUAAUUCCAUGCCAACCACAGGUUAUUCAGCGGUACCUACAAAUAUAAUACCUCCUCCUCAUCCGCUGAGAGGAAGUCAGUCAUUUGAUGACAAAAUUGGCGCUUUCUAUGAUGAUGUCUUUGUAUCAGGACCUAACACUCCUAUACCCCAAAGUGGACAUCCCCGUACACUUGUCAGACAAGCAGCAAUAGAAGACGCUUCAGCAAAUGAAAGUCAUGUUCUCGGUAUUGGACAGUCCUUGGAUGAAAGCUACCAAGGAUGUCAUGUUGCUGGUGAUGCUGUAUCAACAAGGAGCAAGGCAUUGGCACAAGGCCCACAUUUAGAAAAAAAGAAGUCUCAUCAAGGGCGAGGAACAAUGUUUGAGUGUGAAACAUGUAGAAACAGGUACAGGAAACUAGAAAAUUUCGAAAACCAUAAGAAAUUUUACUGUUCAGAGUUACAUGGACCAAAAACAAAGGUAGCUAUGAGAGAACCUGAACAUAGCUCCAUGCCCAGUGGUACACAACCUCAGAUUCUGCAUUACAGAGUCGCCGGGUCCACAGGAGUCUGGGAGCAGACGCCACAGAUAAGAAAAAGGAGGAAGAUGAAAAGUGUUGGAGAUGAUGACGAACUUCAGCAAAGUGAAAGUGGAACUUCCUCCAAAAGCUCUGAAGGCCUUCAGUUCCAGAAUACUCUUGGCUCUCCUCCCAGCGUAUCUAAACAUAAUGUUGCCCUAACAAAUGACCAGCAACAUAGAAGUUUACAAUUGCAGAACUCCCAGAUUCAGCUUGUUGCCAGAGGCCCUGACCAGACCAUGGAUCCAAAACAGUCUACCAUCGUAGACCAGCAGAUCAGCGCAACUUCCCAGGACAAGACAGAGCUCAAGAGACACGGGACUGGAAUUUCCGUCAUUCAACAUACCAACUCACUGAGCAGACCCAGUUCCUUUGACAAGGCUGAGCCUUUUGAAAGAGGCCCCCUGGUUUCGUUCCAGGAGCUGAGUAGAAUAGGGAAACCCGGGACUCUGAAAGUAAUGGGAUUCUCCCAAGAGGAAGGUCACCAUUCUCGAGAUGUGUCUCAUCCUCACCAGCUUGUACUGUCAGAUGCUCUUAGAGGAGAACUUCAGGAAAACUCAAGAAAAAUUUCAAGUGAACGGCAUAUACUAGGACAGCCGUCAAGACUUGUCCGGCAGCACAAUAUCCAAGUCCCAGAAAUUUUGGUCACAGAAGAACCAGAUAGGGAUCUGGAAGCCCAGGGCCAUGAGCCAGAAAAAUCAGAAAAGUUCAGUUGGCCUCAGCGUAGUGAAACUUUGUCAAAAUUGCCAACAGAGAAACUGCCACCCAAAAAGAAAAGGCUCCGCCUGGCUGAGAUAGAGCAUUCCUCGACAGAAUCAAGCUUUGAUUCCACUCUCUCCAGGAGUCUAAGUAGAGAAAGCAGUUUGUCACACACUUCAAGUUUCUCAGCCUCAUUAGACAUAGAGGACAUUUCUAAAACGGAGGCUUCCCCCAAAAUCGAUUUUCUAAAUAAAGCCGAGUUUCUUGUGAUUCCAGCUGGCUCAAAUACACUGAAUGUUCCUGGAAGUCACCGGGAAAUGAGGCGUGCUGCAUCAGAACAGAUUAAUUGCACGCAAACGUCAAUGGAAGUCUCUGAUUUCAGAAGUAAGUCAUUCGACUGUGGUAGCAUGACACCACCCCAGAUGACACCACUUGUGGAAUUGCAGCCUCCUACUUCCCCUUCUUGCGUGGGAGUCACCGGGCAUGUACCUCUCUUAGAAAGAAGGAGAGGCCCCCUAGUACGGCAGAUAUCUUUAAACAUAGCUCCAGAUAAUCAUCCGUCUCCUGUAAACCCAACAUCUUUCCAGAAUAUUGCUCUUCCUAGCGUGAACGCAGUGCCAUUUCAGGGGACUCAGCUCACUAAUGCACCUUUAGCUGAAUGUCCUGCAAAUACUCUGCACUCCCAAACUCAAGCUAAGGACCCGCGGGCAGAAAUGUCAAACUCUGUCUCUACUAACAUCUUCCCUGUUCAACAGUUUGGUGGUAUCAAUUUGUUGCAUCAAAUUCACUCACCCCUUAGCCAUCCGAACACACAGCUGUCUCUGCAAGUGUCUACACAGGGUGACAAACCAGAUACAAGUUCUGUUUUAUGUGCGUCUUCUAAAAAUGAGGAUUGCUUUGCUCCUAAGUACCAAUUGCAUUGUCAGGUUUUCACUUCAGGCCAGUCUUGCUCUUCAAAUCCUGUACAUUCUUUGCCAAAUCAAGUUCUUUCAGAUUCAGUUGGAGCAGAUCUUUGUGCGACGUCAGCACCCUUACCAACCAAAUUGAUAGAUACGAUGUCUAAUUCAUGUCCUCUGCCACCGCUGGAGCUCAGGCCCCUCAGCAGUCAGGGGCAGAAGGUGCCAUCGUCAUUUAUGCUUCCCAUACAACUGCAAAGUGAUGUCUCCACCUAUUGCUUUGCCACACUCACAUCCCUGCCACAAAUCCUAGUUACCCAAGACCUAUCCAAUCAGCCAAUUUGCCAGGCUCAUCAUAAUAAAGUGCCAAUCAAUGAAGAACAAAAUUCUGUGCCAAAACUACAAAAAGAUCACCAGAAUGCUUUGCCAAACCCAGAGAAAGAACUAGUCAUUUCAGAGUUGGGCCAGAAUUCUACUCUACCAGAAUCCGUGCCUAUAAACCAGAAAAUGUCUAUUGGUAGACUUUCUCCCCAACAAGAAUCUUCAGCUUCGAGUAAAAGGAUGCUUUCCCCAGCAAAUAGUUUAGACAUUGCCAUGGAGAAGCACCAGAAGCGGGCCAAAGAUGAAAGUGGAGCUGUUUGUGCAACAGAUGUUAGACCUUUAGAGCCACUGAGUUCAAGAGCUAAUGAAACUAACAAACAGAAGAAACCUGUUUUAGUGAGGCAGGUUUGUACUACAGAGCCCCUUGAAGGUGUGAUAUUGGAACAGGAUGUUUUUUCUCAACCUGAAGUUAAUAGUGAGGCUGUUAAUUUGAGAAAUGUUUUACCAACUGAUAAUUCAUCAUCAGGACACUCAAAGCUAGUAGUUAUUGAACCUAUAAAUGAGUUGCAAGAGUAUGAAAACAUCAAGUCACCCACCUCAUUAACUCUUACAGUUCAAAAUUCAGCCGUCCCUUCAGAAAAUACUCAGAUUUCUCCUUUGAAGUGUAUAGACAGUAACCAAGAAAGGAAAUCUCCAGCAGCUAAAACUCAUGGUGACAAAGUGAACAUCCAAGAACAAAGUCAACAACCAAUCACUACUCUUUCAUUGUUUAAUGUUGGAGACACCCAGCAGCUGGCUUUCCCCAGCCUGAAGACUACCACCAACUUUACAUGGUGUUAUCUAUUAAGACAGAAGUCACUGCAUUUGCCUCAGAGGGACCAGAAAACGUCAGCUUAUACUGAUUGGACAGUAAGCUCCAGUAAUCCAAAUCCACUUGGUUUACCCACAAAAGUUGCUCUUUCUCUCCUUAAUUCAAAACAGAACGCUGAAAAAUCACUAUAUUGUCAAGCAAUAACUACCCAUUCCAAAUCAGAUUUAUUGGUUUAUUCAAGCAAGUGGAAAAGCAACUCAAGCAAGAGAGCAUUAGGUAAUCAAAAGUCCACAGUAGUUGAAAUCAGCAAUAAAGAUGCCUCUGAAAUUAACAGUGAGCAAGAUAAAGAAAAUUCCUUAAUCAAAAGUGAACCAAGAAGAAUUAAAAUAUUUGAUGGAGGAUAUAAAUCAAAUGAAGAGUAUGUAUAUGUCCGAGGCAGGGGAAGAGGAAAGUACAUUUGUGAAGAAUGUGGAAUACGUUGUAAGAAACCUAGCAUGUUAAAGAAACAUAUACGAACCCAUACAGAUGUCCGCCCCUACCACUGCACUUACUGUAACUUCUCCUUUAAGACUAAAGGAAAUCUGACAAAACACAUGAAGUCCAAGGCACAUAGCAAGAAAUGUGUGGAUUUAGGCGUCUCAGUAGGUUUAAUAGAUGAACAGGAUACAGAAGAAUCAGAUGAGAAACAGAGAUUCAGUUAUGAGCGGUCUGGAUACGAUCUUGAAGAGUCUGAUGGCCCAGAUGAGGAUGAUAAUGAAAACGAAGAUGAUGAUGAAGACAGCCAGGCUGAAUCGGUCCUGUCAGCAGCACCCUCUGUCACAGCCAGCCCGCAGCGUCUUCCUUCUAGAAGUAGCCUUCAGGAUUCUGUGAGUGCUGAUGAGGACAUCAGGAUCAACGACUGCUUUUCUGGGGUACACACAGACCCAAUGGAUGUCCUUCCUAGAGCGUUGCUCACCAAGAUGACCGUCCUGAGCACAGUGCAGUCUGACUACAGUAGGAAGACAAACUCUCCGGAGAAGGCCAGGCAGCAUGCUGCAAGAGAUGAAGAUGACACGAUUCCUCCUGUAGACUCUUCUGGGUCCCCUGAAGCUGCACCCAAGUCCCCAUGUCAUCAGAUGUCUGUGGACUACCCUGAAUCAGAAGAAAUUCUGAGAAGUUCUGUGGCAGGAGAGGCUAUUAUUUUAACACAGCACUCAUCAUCCGGAAGACUUUCUGCUGCUGCAGCUGAGCACUGCCCCCAGCCAGCGACAGGCAGGCCUUCUGUGGCCUCACCUCAUCCUGACCCUCAGGAACAGAAGCAGCAAGUAACUCUCCAGCCAGCUUCAAGCCUGCCUUCUCCCCAGACUCGUUUGUUUAGCCACCUUCCUCUGCAUUCCCAGCAGCAAUCAAGGACACCUUAUAACAUGGUUCCAGUUGGGGGAAUCCACGUAGUACCCGCCGGCCUCACAUACUCCACGUUUGUGCCCCUUCAAGCUGGGCCAGUGCAACUUACAAUCCCUGCUGUCAGUGUCGUUCACAGGACUAUGGGCACUCCUGGGAAUACGGUGACAGAAGUGUCUGGCACUACAAACCCCACUGGAGUGGCAGAAUUAAGUAGUGUUGUGCCAUGUAUUCCCAUCGGCCAAAUCCGUGUGCCAGGCCUUCAGAACCUGAGUACCCCAGGCUUGCAGUCUAUUCCCUCACUAAGCAUGGAAACGGUCAAUAUUGUAGGUCUAGCCAAUACAAAUAUGGCUCCGCAGGUACAUCCACCAGGACUCGCUCUAAACGCUGUUGGCCUGCAGGUUCUGACUGCAAACCCUUCCUCACAAAGUAGCCCUGCCCCUCAGGCACACAUUCCAGGUCUCCAGAUCUUGAACAUAGCAUUGCCUACUUUAAUCCCCUCAGUGAGUCAAGUUACCAUUGACACACAGGGAGCUCCGGAGAUACCAGCUUCUCAAGGCAAAGCACGCGAGACACAACCCAAGCAGACUUCUGUAGCCGAUGCAAACCAGGUCAGCAAGACCAAGUCUCCUCAGGGGUCACCUACAGUCCAGCAGGAAAAUGCAAAACAAGUUCUGAAUCCACCUGCCCCUGCAGGUGACCAUGCAAGGCUUGAUGACUCGAGGAAAAUGGACACAGAGAAGGCUGCCUCAGCAAAUCACGUGACACCCAAGUCUGAACUCGCUUCUGGACAGGGCCAACCAGCGUCCACGCCAGAACCUCUGCUGAAGGCACAUUCUGAAGUUUUUGCAAAGCCAUCAAGCCAGCAGACUCUCUCUCCAGAUAGACAGGUGUCCAGGCCUGCAGCACUGCCCCGAAGGCAGCCCCCUGUGCAGUUCAGCGACGUUAGCAGUGAUGAUGAUGAGGACAGGCUUGUGAUAGCAACCUAGUGGGUUUUGUUUUGUAUUUUUUAUUUUUUUUAAUAACACUUAAAGGUUUCUUUGAAAACCCCCCUUUCCUUAAAGCACAUUUUUCUGACAUAAACUCAUGACUAAUCUUUGUGCAAUCAUGAACUUUUGACCAAUAAUCGUCGUUUUGUGUCAGCUCCAGCCAUUUUUGUACAUGUUGUAUAGACAAUUGUGCCUUUUAGGAGUUUUAUGUUUAGAAACUGUACAAAUUGUUGAAUAACUAUAUACAUAAAAAUAUAUAUGUAUAUGAAAACCAGGUAGUUGUUUGUGUUUAGCAAAAAGAAAAAGGAAAACCUGUCAAAUAAAUCAAAUGAUUAAAUUAUAUGUUGCACUGUUAAAUAUAAAUUUUAUGGCUGUGGGGCAGAGUUUCUGUGUAUAAAUUAGUAUGUAAACUCCAUAUUUAUUGUAUUCAUAUUAGUCUUUGAAAAUGGGUCUGUCCUUCUUGUGUAAGACAGUAACUUUACACUUCAGACAGAUUUUCUGUGUUAUGAAAUGUUUCAGUAAAAUAUUGUUUACUGGCUUUA